CAAAUUCUGAACGGUUUGUGUCGAAGCGGAAGAGCGGAACAGGAGAUCACUGAUGAAAUGAGGCGACGCUUCGAUCAGUGGUAUUUGCAACAGUUCUUCACACAAUACCGUCAAAUAGCAAUCGCUGCUCAACAGCCCAACCAUCGACGGACACCAACCGAUCCCUUACUAAUCGAUUUGAAUGCCACCACAAAUGGCGACCAUUUGCACCAAUCGAUGGCCAAUAACGGCUCGAAUCACUCGCCCGACAAACACCCGGCACUUAUGACAAUCUCGUCGCCGUCUAAUAACCAACAGCACCAACACAUGGGUUCGGUUCGCACUCGUAUUCGCACGUCAUUUGAUCCCGAAUUAGAACUGCCGAAACUUCAUCGUUGGUUCUCCGAGAAUAGACACCCGUCGAGGGCUCAGGUCAUGGAAUACGUGAAAGAACUGAAUUCGCUUGAGUCGCGCAAAGGCCGAAAGCCGUUGGAUAUAAAUAACGUGGUUUAUUGGUUUAAGAACGCGAGGGCCGCUCACAAGCGCCAGGAACUGAAGUUCAUGGGCGACCCGUCCGGCGCUGACGGCCUCUCCAACGGCAACAGUCCGGGAAAGACCGGUUCCGACACGAGUGGCAAAUGCGGUGACGACUCGAACAGAAACGGGUCGGCGAUUGACGACUACUACAGUCUCGACGAAGACUCGUCGCACGACGCGACAGAAACCCUCGACCUAUCGAUGAGACCGUCCAAAAGGGCGCGCUCUGACAGUCCAACCGAUAACGACGGGGAUUACAUCAUAACAGCCGUCAAACACGACGACGACAUUCAAAACGAUACGGAACAAAUGGAUCGAAACGAUGGGUCCAGUGAUUGCAGUGAUGGAGACGAAAGCGAUGACGAGAAGGAGUACAUCGACAAUAUGACACAUCCAUUCCCAUCGAUGGUUCACAUGAACAACAAUUCCAAUAAUAUCUCAUCGCUUCCGGAAUCGCCGGACGGCCGACGAAUUCGACGGAGCCGUACGUUCAUUGACCCGAUGUCUGAGGUGCCCCGUUUGGAGCACUGGUUCUCAGUGAACACCCAUCCGGCUCACAGUCAGAUCGUGCGAUACACCGACGAACUCAAUAACUUAGCCUAUCGUCAAAAGUUCCCAAAACUGGAGCCAAAGAACAUUCAGUUCUGGUUUAAGAACCGAAGAGCGAAAUUCAAGCGCAACCUAUCGGUGCCGACGACUACACACCUCACCUCCCAGUCCUCGGCACUCAAUAUCGAGCGUCUCAUUAAUGCACAUUAA